AAAGAAAAGAAAAAAAAAUACAAAAAGAAAGAAAAAGGAAAAACAGAGAGGAAAACUUCAGGGAGUGCCAGACUCCUGAUUUCCACUGAGUAGGUGCAAGAGACAAUCUCGAUAGCUUUCAUCAAUGGCGGGCGUAUCUCUGAAGUGCGGGGACUGUGGGGCUCUCCUGAAGUCCGUGGAGGAAGCCCAAGAGCAUGCCGAGCUUACCUCCCACUCCAACUUCUCUGAGUCAACCGAAGCUGUUCUCAACCUCGUCUGUUCUUCUUGCGGCAAACCAUGCCGAUCCAAAACCGAAAGUGAUUUGCAUACCAAAAGAACGGGGCAUACUGAGUUUGUUGAUAAGACUGCGGAUACAGUAAAGCCAAUAAGUUUGGAGGUUCCAAAGGUGACAGCUUCAGAGUCCGAAGAGGCUGUUGGUGCAAGUAGCCAGGCAGAAGAAAUGGUUGUUCCAGAGGUUGACAAAAAGCUGCUUGAGGAACUCGAAGGAAUGGGAUUUUCAACAGCGCGGGCAACCCGUGCACUUCACUAUUCUGGUAAUGCAAGCCUGGAGGCUGCAGUCAAUUGGGUGGUUGAACAUGAGAAUGAUCCAGACAUAGAUCAAAUGCCUUCAGUACCAGUCAACCCCAAAGUUGAGGCUCCAAAACCUUCUCUCACGCCAGAGCAAUUGAAAGCCAAGCAACAAGAGCUUAGGGAGAAAGCUCGGAAGAAGAAAGAAGAAGAGGAGAAGAGAACGGAAAAAGAAAGAGAAAAGGAGAGGAUUCGAGUAGGCAAGGAACUCUUAGAAGCGAAGAGAAUGGAAGAAGAAAAUGAAAGAAAACGGAUUAUAGCCUUGCGAAAAGCGGAAAAAGAAGAAGAGAAAAGAGCUAGGGAAAAGAUUCGUCAAAAAUUGGAGGAAGAUAAGGCGGAAAGGAGGAGGAGACUUGGGUUGCCACCAGAAGAUCCUUCAACUGCAAAACCUGCUGCACCUGUUGUGGAAGAGAAAAAGAGCUCAUUGCCCAUAAGGCCUGCUACAAAAGCAGAACAAAUGAGAGAAUGUUUGCGAUCUCUCAAGCAGAAUCACAAGGAGGACGAUGCCAAUGUGAAGAGAGCAUUCCAGACUCUUUUAACUUUUGUAGGGAAUGUUGCCAGAAAUCCCGAUGAGGAGAAAUAUAGAAAAAUAAGACUCACUAACCAAUCUUUCCAGGAUAGGGUUGGUUCGUUCAAAGGAGGUAUUGAGUUUCUUGAGUUGUGCGAGUUUGAGAGGGUAGAAGGGAGCGAGUUCUUGUUUCUUCCUAGGGACAAGGUUGACAUGGCAGUGCUGAAUUCAGCUGGGUCUGAGCUAGACUCGGCAAUAAAGAAUCCCUUUUUCGGUGUUCUUUAAGUUAAAAGAUGUUUCAUUAUAUAUACAGUUUUUCUUUUCCGGAUUUGGUGUGGUGAAAUUGAUGCUUUGUGGUUGUUUAUUACAUUACUACACCGUUUUGGCCAUUAUUAAUAUAUGGUUAUGAAUUAAGGGAUCUUUACUGCUAUUUUCAUUUAAAAUAAACUUGGAUCAAGAAGGGUGUCGAUUUUCAAACUUUAUAAAUGGAGGAGAAGACAUUAUUAGUC